ACAUAUAUUACCUACAUGUCCACUGAAAUUGAUUUUCCCCGUGGCGGCUCAACAAAGCUACAAUCGUCUUUGCAAACUGAUUUGAAAAAGGCUAAUAAGGAAAAACGAGGUCUGAAACGAAAUUCUUCAAAUAUUCAAGAUCCUUCAAAGAAUCACAUUGAUAAUGACAACGAGGAAUAUGCUACCGCAUUUCGUCAAAAUAUGUCUGUUGAAUUACUCGCCCAAAACAUGAGAGGAUUGGCUUUUGUCAAAUUUAUAGGAGAUAUUGAAGUUAUUUUGGAAUGUGUUGAUGGAAUUAGAUUAGUGUUGCCAGCUGAUAAAAUUAGCAGAAUAUUUAAUAAUCAAAUGUCUACUACAAAAGCGAAUUUGAGUAAUAUUUUUCAUAAAGGUCAAGCUUUAGCUUUCACUGUUGUCAAUGAAAAAUCAGGAAAUAAGCCUAAUUCAAAUUGUAUUGUUUCAAUAUGUCCAUAUGAGAUAAAUAACUACUUAAUUCCCUCCUCACUUCUUCAAAAUACAGUUCUAAAUGGCAUUGUUUCAAGCAUUGAAGAAAAAGGAUUUGUUCAGGCUGAACAUUUACCUCCAUACCUUCAAUUAGAUAAAUUAUUCAUUGGUCAAGUUGCAUUAUUCUCUGUUAGGGAAAGACCAAAUAAAGAAACUCGUGUGAUUAAAUUGACUGGUUUUGUUGGACUUGAUGUUUUGGAUGGAAGUGAUGAUUUUGAUCAAAAACAACUCAUGCCUGGUACAAUUAUACAAGUUACACCAGAGAAAAAUGUUUUAAAUGGACUCUUUGCUAGCAUUAAAAAUGGUCAAAAAGUAUAUAUCCGAAAGGUUCAUUUACCUCCUCGGCUUCGAUUGGAUUCUCCUCAAGUAUUGAAGCCAUUCCGUGCUUGUGUUGUAUGUGUUCAGCCAAAUUCCUCCGUUCUUGUUCUCAAUGCUCAUCCUGAUAUUAUUGCCUUAUCUAAAUUGGAAAAAAGACUUCUCCCUGAGUUGGUUCAUCAAAUACUGGAAUCGUAUAUUAUAUAGACA